AGCGGAAAGUCGAGCGAUGACGACAGAGUGGCACGAGCAGCGAGAACGACGCCAAAAACGAGGUAAUUAUAUAAUCAAAGUGUGAAGGUGGGCCUGGAGCCCGAGUCAAAGCAUAAAGAGGUCGCGACGCGACAUGUCACGAAAUCAGCAGCCAAGUCCUAACCAUGAUUUCCAAGUUACGCUCGCAUACAGGCCCUCAACAGGCAACCCUGUCUAGCCUCGGGAAACCAGACUGCCCAACGCGUGGCCUGGAGUGUGACUUUCUUGAGGCCCUGAGAAAGGUCCCGCAGGCAGCAGCAUCUCACGAUGAUCAUCUUGUAUCAGCAUCCUGAAUACACACCAGGGCCGCGGCAGCCGCUCAUCCCUUCCGCAGCCGAGCCCGCUUCGACAUUUCAAGCGCCAGGCGGUCGCCGAAUCGUCCACAAAGCCGACGGUAGGUCCUCUUGCGUUUACCGAUAUUGGCCCAACCACACCGUGCUGCUGGCAGCAAGCGAAAGCGGCAACGAAUGUGCCUGUAUCAAGAGAGUUACACUUGAGGACCAGCCACGACCGCAUGAUGUCAAGAAGGAGGUUGCUUUUUUGAGACGUAUGAAGUCGGCAUGGAUACCGACCUUGCUGGCGGCCGUGGAGGAAGAGGUGGAUUUCAUGACCACUACCGUGUCCCUGCUAAUGCCAUGGUUUGAGUGGACGCUGGAUGACGUUUUGAAUGACUCUUCCACAUUGCCUUCAUCGCUGCGAGCCGCAGCUCGCCUUCCUCCGCUGUCUGCUUCGCCGCAGUCAGGCGCAGGCAACGAUCAGCCUCGUACCCUCGCCCAGUACGUCAAUCAGGCGCAAAGCUUAUCGCACCAGCUCUUCUCUGCACUUGCAUACCUCCACGACGAGGCGCGCGUAGCUCAUCGUGAUAUCAAGCCAUCAAACAUUGUCCUCGCACGCAAGUCUUCUUCCUCGUCUCCUUCAUUUUGCAACGAGUACAAUCUCAAGCUGAUCGACUUUGGCACAGCCGAAAAUCUAUCCGGGUGCGCUACUUCGUCUACUUCUCGGCCAUCAACGCAAUACCUCCAUGCAAAUGCGUCCCCUGACGACUCAACAUCAGCGUCCUCACGCCGGAGCAUGACCGCGCAGCUAGGCACAACCGUAUUUCGGGCGCCCGAGCUGCUCUUUGCACCAAAGGAUGGCUAUGAUGCGACCAAGGUAGACAUUUGGGGCGCUGGCUGCAUCGUAUCCAUGUUCUUCACCGCCUUCGUUGGUGUCGUGGCCCACGCCAGUGGGGAAGACGCAGGAGGCGACUCAGCGUCCAUUUCCGAUGAUGAAGCAGACCCCAGCUGGCGAAGCUCAAGGGAUUCGCCCGACUUCAAAUCCCCGUUUGGUCGUGUUCCGGACUCGCCGAAAGGUUCAGAGGACACGUUGGAACUCGACAAAAUCGGCCAGUCGCCAAGCUUCAGCUCAGAGGUCGACAAGCCACGCGUCAGUUUCAAGCGUAAGAAUCUGUUUCAUUUAGAUUUCAUGGGCGAGAUUCCACUCGCAGCGAGUAUAUUUCAGCUUAAAGGAUUGCCUGAACAGAUAGCGGAUUGGCCAGAAGCGCAAAGUUUCCAACCGCCGUUAUCGCGCAUGCCUUUCCGUCGCUCGGCUGCAGAAGCCAUUUGGACGCGACUUCCCAUCGCAGCUGAGCUCAUCGACUCGUCCGCGGCGGGCACAGCCACAAGGCACAGCGUUCAGCUUACCGUAGAGGGAGUGGAGCGAUGUACGGCGCUCAGCGCAAGUAUGCGGCCGCGUGCACAUGACCUCGCGCAGCUUCUGGAUAGGGAUUGAUGUUUCCGGUGGGUUUGCAUGCCGGUGUAUAGAAGGUUGUUUCCUGUAGCAUACAUUGAUGACGUGAGAACUCAUUUUUGCGAUGAAUCACGCCCUCGCGUUUUAGAGGAUGAAAGGGAACAUAGACUUCCUCCCCCGUGGGUAGUCCUUGAACUCCUUGCGGUAGUUGCGGUGCUUCUUGAGCGCCCAAAUGAGCAUUUGGCCCACUGACAC